UUCCGUGGCAUUGAGCAGCCCGCAGCGUCCGGCCCCAGCGCUGAGCCGGGCCGCCACUGCGCCAUGCAGGAAGCGCCCGCCGCUCUGCCUACGGAGCCAGGCCCCAGCCCCGUGCCUGCCUUUCUUGGCAAGUUAUGGGCGCUGGUGGGCGACCCAGGCACCGACCACCUGAUCCGCUGGAGCCCGAGUGGGACCAGUUUUCUCGUAAGCGACCAGAGCCGCUUCGCCAAGGAAGUGCUGCCCCAGUAUUUCAAGCACAGCAACAUGGCGAGCUUCGUGCGCCAACUCAACAUGUAUGGUUUUCGCAAGGUGGUGAGCAUCGAGCAGGGAGGCCUGCUCCGACCCGAGCGUGACCACGUCGAGUUCCAGCACCCGAGUUUUGUGCGUGGCCGCGAGCAGCUCCUGGAGCGUGUCCGACGCAAGGUGCCCGCGCUGCGCUGCGAGGAGGGCCGUUGGCGCCCCGAGGACCUGAGCCGGCUGCUAGGAGAAGUGCAGGCUUUGCGGGGAGUGCAAGAGAGCACGGAGGCGCGGCUGCGGGAGCUCAGGCAGCAGAACGAGAUCUUGUGGCGGGAGGUGGUGACGCUGCGACAGAGCCACGGGCAGCAGCACCGGGUCAUUGGCAAGCUGAUCCAGUGCCUCUUUGGGCCCCUGCAGGCUGCACCCAGCAACCCAGGAGCCAAGAGGAAGCUGUCUCUUAUGCUGGAUGAAGGGAAUGCGUGCCCACCACCUGCCAAGUUCAGCCCCUGCCCCCUUGCAGGUGCCCUCCUACAAGAUCCCUACUUCAUCCAGUCGCCCCUGCCAGAGAGCACCUUGGGCCUCAGCCCACACAGGGCCAGGGGCCCCAUCAUCUCUGACAUCCCAGAAGAUGCACCAUCCCCUGAAGGACCCAGGCUGUCACCCUCCAGUAGCGGCGAGAGGGAGAAGGGCCUGGCGCUGCUCAAAGAAGAGCCAGCCAGUCCAGGGGGGGAUGGCGAGGCCAGGCUGGCCCUGGCCCCAAACCAGUGUGACUUCUGCGUGACAGCCCCCCCACCGCUGCCCGUAGCUGUGGUACAGGCCAUCCUGGAAGGGAAAGGGAGCUUCAGCCCAGAGGGGCCCAGGAGUGCCCAACAGCCUGAACCAAGGGGUCCCAGGGAGGUACCAGACAGGGGACCUCUGAGCCUGGAAAGGGGUGACCGGAGCCCAGAAAGUCUGCUCCCUCCACUGCUGCUUAGGUCCCCUCCCGAGGGCGUGGAGCCUGGAGCGCCCCUGGAUGUGCUGGGCCCCAGCCUGCAAGGCAGGGAAUGGACCCUGAUGGACUUGGACAUGGAGCUAUCCUUGAUGCCACCCUUGGGUCCAGAGAGGGAUGAAACUGAGCUGGCCGUCAAGGCACUAAGUUCUCCCGGCCCAGGGAAGGAGGCCCCUCUGGGGGCCCCACUCCUGCUGGACGUCCAGGCGGCCCUGGGAGGCCCAGCCCUCAGCUUGCCUGGAGCUCUAACACUUUACAGCAGCCCUGAGGGCCGGACCUCCUACCUGGGCCCAGGGGCCAGUCCCUCCACGUGAGCGAAUGUCCAUGCAGCUGGGCUGGCUAAGUGCCCAGUCCACAGCCCAGCACCACUCUUGGCUGUAUGGCGCCACCUGGAGGCAGCAGGGGAUGGUCAGCGAAGCCCCCCUGCCGUGCCGGCCUCUCUUCAGCACCCUAAGUCCCACACAUAAACUGCAUUUUUUUUUCUGUG